CCAAUCGCGGCGCGGGCUAGCGGGGGCGGGGCCGGCCGAGCGGAAUCCCGGAGCCUUAAAUGGGAGGACAUGCGCCCACAGCCCAACCUCCGACGCCCCCGGAUCCAUAGUUGCUGGCGCAACUGCGCCCGCCGCAGGCUUUUGAAACAUGAAUCCUUCACUCCUCCUGACUGCCUUUUGCUUGGGAAUAGCCUUAGCGGCUCCAAAACUUGAUCUCAGUUUAAAUGCACAAUGGAAAUUGUGGAAGGCAACACACAGGAAACUAUAUGGCUUGAAUGAAGAAGGAUGGAGGAGAACAGUGUGGGAGAAGAAUAUGAAAAUGAUUGACCUGCACAAUCAGGAAUACAGCCAAGGGAAACAUGGCUUCACCAUGGCAAUGAAUGCCUUCGGUGACAUGACCAGUGAAGAAUUCAGGCAGGUGAUGAAUGGUCUUCGAAACCAGAAGCACAAGAAGGGGAAGGUGUUCCCAGUACCUGUCUUUGCUUCGAUUCCCUCAUCCAUGGAUUGGAGAGAGAAAGGCUAUGUAACUCCUGUGAAGAAUCAGGGUACGUGUGGUUCUUGUUGGGCUUUUAGUGCCACUGGUGCCCUUGAAGGACAGAUGUUCCGGAAAACUGGCAAACUUGUCUCACUGAGUGAGCAGAACCUGGUGGACUGCUCUCGGCCUCAAGGCAAUGAGGGUUGCAGUGGUGGCCUAAUGGAUAAUGCCUUCCAGUAUGUUAAGGACAAUGGAGGCCUGGACUCAGAGGAAUCCUAUCCAUAUUUUGGAAGGGAUGAAUCCUGCCACUACAGACCACAGAGUUCUGCUGCCAACGACACUGGUUUCGUGGACAUUCCUAAGCAAGAGAGGGCCCUUAUGAAGGCAGUGGCAACUGUGGGCCCCAUCUCUGUUGCUAUAGAUGCAAGCCAUCCAACCUUCCAGUUCUAUAAAGCAGGCAUUUAUUAUGAUCCAUACUGCAGCAGCGAAGAACUGGAUCAUGGUGUUCUGGUGGUUGGCUAUGGGUUUGAAGGAGCAGACUCAGAUAACAAUAAAUACUGGCUUGUCAAGAACAGCUGGGGUGAAGAUUGGGGCAUGGAUGGCUACAUAAAGAUGGCCAAAGACCGGAACAACAACUGUGGAAUCGCCACCAUGGCCAGUUAUCCUACUGUCUAAAUCUCAAAGGCAGGAUUGAGAACAGAAUAUCCAGAGGAAGAAUUUUCUCUUAAAACUAACCAGACCUUGUUGUGUGGGAUGAAACACUUGAAUCAUUGAAGAUCCAAGUUGUGAUUUGAAUUCUGUGAUAUUUUAUGCUGGUGAAAUGUUACCACUCUUUUAAUACUGUUGUAAAUAGGUUUGUAUGAUCGACUUGCCUCAAGAAUUUUUAAUUUUCAUGUUUUAAAAGGAUGUAUAAAGUUUUACCUUUAAAAUAAAACAAUUUCAGAGUA